AUGUCCGGUGGAAGCAAAGAUCGAAUUGGUGUAUUUCCGUCUCGGAUGGCGCAGACAGUCAUGAAAACUCGAUUAAAAGCUGCACAGAAAGGCCACAGUCUAUUGAAGAAGAAAGCUGAUGCAUUAAAUAUGCGGUUUCGUUCAAUUCUUGGCAAGAUUGUUGAGAAUAAAAACUUAAUGGGCGAAGUGUUACGCGAAGCAAGCUUCUCAUUAGCAGAGGCAAAAUUCACUGCUGGUGAUUUUUCACAUAUGGUUAUACAAAAUGUUUCUCGAGCACAACAGCGCGUUCACAUGAAGAAAGAGAACGUUGUUGGUGUGCUUUUACCCGUAUUCGAUGCAUAUGUGGAUGGUCCGAGUACGUACGACUUGACUGGAUUGGGAAAAGGAGGUGCAAAUAUCGCGAAACUGAAGAAGAAUUACAGCAGAGCGGUUGAGUUGCUCGUUGAAUUAGCCACAUUGCAGACUUGUUUCAUAACGUUGGAUGAGGCUAUCAAGGUGACCAACAGACGUGUUAACGCUAUUGAACACGUUAUAAUACCGCGCAUUGAAAAUACAUUAAUGUAUAUAAUGACGGAACUGGAUGAAAUGGAACGAGAAGAAUUUUACAGAAUGAAGAAAAUCCAAGCAAAGAAGAAGAAGGAUCGCGCUGAAGCAGAUUUGUUGCUCGAGCAACAGAAGAAAAAACUGGAGGAGCAAGGAAUUUUCGAAUCGGAAAAUCAACCGAAGAAUAUACUCGAGACUGAAGAUGAUUUACCUGUGUUAUUUGCUUAA